AUGCGCGGUGGUGGUGUUGGAGGUGGUGGUGGUAGUGUUGAGAGCGACGUACAGGAGUAUCUCGGGAGAAAAGAUCAAGAGGAGACGCAGAAAAAAGACGCUUGUGUUUUUGCCGUGCCUGGGCCUAGCAGCAAAGCUCCGAGAAAACGCGGCUGGCCUGGAAAGAAUCGGAUUAAAGGGCAUGCACUAAAGCGAAAAGUCACGUGUGAUGAACCAGUUGGCCCAGCGUCCCGAUGGCUAUCUUACAGUGCUAGCGCUGAGAGUGGCCCAAGCACCAGCUACGGAUUAGCGGGCGCUGAGUAUACGUCAGUGACGCCAAUUAGGAGGGGAAUCGCGGAGCACAACCCAGUACCAGCAAAAGUGUCCUCGCAAAGAGACGACGACGAUUCACGAACAAGAACCUACGUGAUAGCCCUGACUUUAUCCUCUUCCUCUACCGUUGCAUGA